AAGACGAUCGUACCAACAAUCGUUCGCGCAGUAUCCGAACAGCAUUCGCGUUGCAACCAUCCCGCUGUGGUGUCCACUAAUUGUGCAUUUUGUGCGUCGCUGCUGUCGUUAAAACACUGUCGUAACCAUGAAAGGACUAGCCGUCGUUGCAGCCGUACUGCUGUUCGCUUGCCUGGUCGCCAGCCAGAGCAACAACUAUUUCUGGGGCGUUCGGGAUCCGCGGGACGUGCUGCUGAACCGCACGAUUGCCGUCCGGUCCGGCACCAUCCUACAGGUUAAAUCGAUUGAUCUCGUGUAUCCGCUGAAGGGCCAGGUGGGACGUAACAUUUCCGCCAUCUCCGUCGUGGACCAGUACACCAAUGGGAAGGGCGGAUAUGCCAGCCUGUAUGCCGGUGGUAUCGGUUACAACUAUACGACGGUUCAUCUGAAAUCACAGCGCGGUCACGGAUACAACUUUAUCGUGGAAAUUUACGGCCGAUAGACGAGUGGAGGCGGCGGAACGGGGGAUCUAUCAGAGGGCGGCUGGGGCUGAGGUGUUGCGAGAUGAUAGGACCCCGCCCAACAAUGUGAUCAAAUGGUAUCAAUGGUUCACCCGUCGAGAUUCGAGCUUCGAUAGGCUAAUGAAUGGGGCGCCACGCGGUUAUCGGAGCUGACAAAACAGCGAACACGACGCUAGUGGUGGCCACGGGUUCGAUCCUAAUGGUGAUGCUGUGUUAGAUUUCGUACCGUGCCGUCGAGUGUUUUCUGUCCGGAAAUGGGUUGUUAUUAUGUAGCAAUAAAAUUAUUUUAAUGUAACAAAUGA